AUGCCUGUAAACGGUGCAUCUAGUCCAAUUUCGACUAUGAAAAGAGGCGUCUCAGACUCGCCAUUUGCUGCUGACGUCGAUGAGAUCCAAAAGCAAAAGUUACUUCAGCAGACAAUGGUUACUGAUGACGGAUACUCUCUUCAGGAAAUAAUGAGCCAGGGUGUAGGAUUAACUUAUUCUGAUCUCAUUUUGCUGCCUGGAUAUAUUGACUUUGCUGCAAGCGCUGCCACGUCAGAAUCAUUAAAGACGCCGUUCUUGUCAAGUCCCAUGGACACCGUGACUGAAGCCAGCAUGGGAAUCGCAAUGGCUCUUGCAGGAGGCCUCGGAAUCAUACAUCACAACUGUAGUAUCGAACAGCAAGCUGAAAUGAUUCGAAAGGUCAAAAAGUACGAGAAUGGGUUUAUCUCUGAUCCAAUGUGUCUUUGUCCUACAAACGUCAUCCAAGAUGUUUUGGAUAUCAAGACCAAGUAUGGGUUCUGUGGUAUCCCAGUUACUCUGGAUGGACAAAUGGGAUCCAAGUUGAUUGGAAUUGUGACUUCUAGAGAUGUUGAUUUCUUUAAAGAUGCUGAUUUCAAUACCCCUUUGAAAGAUGUAAUGACAACUGAGCUAGUCACUGCACCUCAAGGGGUAUCUCUGGCUGAAGCUAAUGCGAUUUUGAAACAGUCGAAAAAGGGGAAGCUUCCCAUCGUUGAUUCAAAUGGUUGUCUGACUGCUCUCCUUGCCCGGUCAGAUUUGGUUAAAGCCAGAGACUUCCCUUUGGCCAGCAAGAACAAGGCUACCAAGCAGCUGCUAUGUGGUGCGGCCAUCUCAACACACCAAGAUGAUCGCGUACGUCUCGCCGCACUCGUAAAAGCUGGUGUCGACGUGGUUGUCCUCGAUUCGUCGCAGGGCAACAGCAUAUACCAAAUCGAAAUGAUCAAGUUCAUCAAGAACGAGUAUCCAGGUAUAGAAGUAAUUGCUGGAAACGUUGUGACUCAGGAACAGGCUAGGAAUCUGAUUCUAGCAGGCUGUGAUGGUUUACGAGUUGGUAUGGGAAGUGGCAGUAUAUGCAUUACGCAAGAGGUGUUGGCAUGUGGUAGACCUCAGGGAACAGCUGUGUACAAGGUCGCUCAAUAUGCGAGGCAGUUUGGAGUGCCUGUAAUAGCAGAUGGAGGCAUAGGCAACGUUGGGCACAUCGUGAAGGCAAUCGCUUGUGGUGCGUCUUGUGUAAUGAUGGGCUCAUUGCUAGCUGGAACGACCGAAUCACCAGGAGACUACUUCUUCCAUGAAGGCAAACGCUUAAAGAAAUACAGAGGAAUGGGAAGUGUUGACGCUAUGGAAGCUGGGAAUGCUGCCAAGAAUCGAUACUUUUCCGAAUCAGACAAGAUCAAAGUUGCUCAAGGGGUUACCGGCACCGUUCUCGACAAGGGUAGUGUUAAACGAUUCCUCACAUACUUACAGUCUGGAGUACAGCACUCCCUGCAAGAUUUGGGUGUUCGCUCACUCGAUGAGCUGCGGGAAGGCUCGCGAAAUGGGGCUAUUCGAUUUGAACGUCGUUCACCUAGUGCUCAACUUGAGGGUGGUGUACAUGGGCUGUUUGGGUAUGAACGAAAGGAUUUUGCUUGA